UGAUUUUCGUCCGCCCCGCCCCACCAAAUAUCUCUCCCAAAACAGAGAGCCAUCGUCAGUUGAGUUCAUAGUUGACACAAAACCCUUUUCCCCAAAUUUCAAAAACAUAUAAACAAAUAUUGUUCCCUCAAUCAAUCGCGCGUUACUCGUUGCUGGAUUAGCUGACUCUCCCUCCGCAUUUCGUUGGAUUGAUUCGCCCUCCGAUUCCGAACCCUAAACCUAGUUGUUGUUGAACUGAGGAUCAAUCAAUUCGCGGAAGUUCGAUUUUAUCGUCGUUCCCAAUUUUUUGUCUCCGCGGCACCCAGGGGGUGAAUUCGUGGCUCGGAUUUUCUGAAUCAAAGGGUUGAUUUUCUUAUUUUUGGAUUUUUUGGAUUUGUUUUUUUUGGAAGGAUGAAUAGCGGGCAGAAGAAGAGGAAUUUUCAGAUUGAAGCGUUUAAGCAUAAAGUGGUGGUGGAUCCCAAGUAUGCGGACAAGACUUGGAAGAUUAUCGAGCAUGCGAUUCAUGAGAUUUAUAAUCACAACGCGAGCGGGCUUAGCUUCGAAGAAUUAUACAGAAAUGCUUACAACAUGGUACUACAUAAGUUUGGGGAGAAGCUCUACUCCGGAUUAGUGGCAACAAUGACACUCCAUCUUCAGACGAUGUCCAAAUCUAUAGAGGCAGCGCAAGGUGCAUCAUUCCUGGAAGAGCUAAAUGCAAAAUGGGGCGAUCAUAACAAAGCACUGCAAAUGAUCCGCGACAUACUAAUGUACAUGGACAGAACAUUCAUCCCGAGCACCCACAAAACCCCCAUCCAUGAGCUCGGGCUAAACCUCUGGCGGGACAAUGUGAUUCAUUCCAUUAAUAUCCAGCCGCGCCUUCAGAACACAGUUCUUGAUCUGAUAUAUCAAGAACGAACCGGCGAAGUUAUCAACCGAGGGCUGAUGAGGAACAUAAUUAAAAUGCUGAUGGAUUUGGGGCCGUCAGUCUACCAAGAAGAUUUCGAGAAGCCGUUUCUAGAAGUUUCUGCUGAUUUCUAUCGAGCUGAAUCUCAGGAGUUUAUUGAGUGCAGUGAUUGUGGGGAUUACCUGAAGAAAGCUGAACGACGUCUGAAUGAAGAGAUCGACAGGGUGUCGCACUAUUUGGAUGCAAGGAGUGAGGAGAAGAUCACUAAUGUUGUCGAGAAAGAGAUGAUCGCCAAUCACAUGCUUCGGCUCGUUCAUAUGGAGAAUUCGGGGUUGGUUAAGAUGUUUCUCGACGAUAAAUUCGAAGAUUUGGGGAGGAUGUACAGCUUAUUCCGUCGGAUUCCCGAUGGACUCUUGACGAUUAGAGACGUCAUGACGACUCAUCUCAGGGACACCGGUAAACAGCUCGUGACUGAUCCGGAGAAAUCGAAGAAUCCAGUGGAAUUCGUCGACUUGCUCCUGGAGAAAAGAGACAAGUACGACAAGAUCAUAAGCUCGGCGUUCGGCAACGACAAGACCUUCCAGAAUGGAUUGAAUUCUUCCUUCGAGUACUUCAUCAAUCUGAACCAACGAUCUCCCGAGUACAUAUCGUUGUUCGUAGACGACAAGCUACGGAAAGGUCUCAAGGGAGUUAAAGACGAGGACAUCGAGACGAUUCUCGAUAAGGUGAUGAUGCUGUUCCGUUACCUCCAGGAGAAAGACGUUUUCGAAAAGUACUACAAGCAGCACCUGGCGAAACGGCUCUUGUCCGGAAAAACGAUCUCCGAAGACGCCGAGCGAAGCCUGAUUGUGAAGCUGAAGACCGAAUGCGGCUACCAGUUUACGUCGAAACUCGAAGGCAUGUUCACCGAUAUGAAAACUUCUCAGGAUGCUAUGCAGGGUUUCUACGCCGCGCACGGCUCCGAAUUAACGAACAGCCCGACGUUAGUCGUCCAGGUUCUUACGACGGGAUCGUGGCCGACGCAAUCGAGCGUCGCCUGCAACAUGCCGGCGGAAAUAUCCGCUCUCUGCGAACGGUUCCGAUCGUAUUAUCUGGGCACGCACACCGGCCGGCGAUUAACCUGGCAGACGAACAUGGGCGCGGCGGAUCUACGCGCGACGUUCGCGAACGACCAGAAGUACGAGCUGAACGUGUCGACGUACCAGAUGUGCGUGCUGAUGCUGUUCAACAGCAGCGAGUCGCUCAGCUACAAGGAGAUUGAGCAGGCCACGGAGAUUCCCGCCGCCGACCUGAAACGGUGCCUGCAGUCGCUGGCAUGCGUGAAGGGGAAGAACGUGCUCCGGAAGGAUCCGAUGAGCAAGGACAUCGGAGCGGACGACGCGUUCUCCGUCAACGACAGGUUCACGAGCAAGCUUCGGAAGGUGAAGAUUGGGACGGUGGUGGCGCAGAAGGAGUCGGAGCCGGAGAAGAUGGAGACCCGGCAGCGGGUGGAGGAGGACCGGAAGCCGCAGAUCGAGGCGGCGAUCGUGAGGAUCAUGAAGGCGCGGAAGGUGUUGGAUCACAAUAACGUGAUUGCGGAGGUGACGAAACAGCUGCAGCCGCGGUUCCUGGCGAAUCCCGGGGAGAUUAAGAAGCGGGUCGAGUCGCUGAUCGAGCGGGACUUUCUGGAACGGGACAACGUCGAUCGACGCCUCUACCGGUAUCUCGCCUGAGGUGGAAUUUUGCGGCGGCCGGAGCCAGGUUAGUUGUUGUUGAUUUGCUUAAUUAGCUUAUAUUUGUCUCUCUGUGGUAAGUGAUGGACAGUGUUUGAAUUUCUGCAUGAUACCCCUUUUGUUUUGAAUCUGUCAACUUUCAUUUGCUUUGUUUUUUGGUUUUUUUAAACCUACAUUUACAUUUACUUGACUUCUUGGUUUUGAUUUUAUGUUUAUGACGAUUUUAUGAA